AUGAGCAGCAAGACCUACAAGUUCAACGUCAGCAUGAGCUGCGGCGGCUGCUCCGGCGCCGUUGACAGAGUGCUCAAGAAGCUCGACGGAGUCGAGUCAUACGACGUCUCCCUCGAGAAGCAAGAGGCCACCGUCGUUGCCAAGCCCGAGCUCGAAUACGAGACCGUGCUCAAGACCAUCAAGAAGACCGGUAAGAAGGUCAACAGCGGCGAGGUCGACGGUGUCAGCCAGAGCAUUGAGGUUGCCGAGUAA